ACCGGCGUCUGUCCAUGUCCACCUGAAACUUGGGCGAAGAAGAAACUACCUCUCCUUGUAACUUUAGCCCUACGUAUCUCUUAUAAAACAGAAGUAAAUGAAAUACAGCAUGUGGUUAAAGAUUAUUCCGCGUUUUCGAAGUUAAUUAACGCUAUAUUCGUUGGCGGCAACGCACUACACCGACGUUUUUUCUGACAGGAGAAAAGAUGGUGAUUGAGAAGCUCAGUUUAACUUGUGAUAGACUCCUGUCACGCUGUCAGCUAGCAUGUUGUCACUCUUAUUGUGCUAUACCAAUGCAUGGCAAGGAAAUAUUGAUUUACAGUAUCAUGGACGUAGAGCAGCAGCCUCUGCUGCUAACUGGCCACCAUGGUGACAUCACUGCCAUGACCUUUGGGAAACGAAGUGGACCUGUUCUCCUCUGCUCUGCCUCUGCUGACUAUAUCAUUGUCUGGGAUAUUGAACUGUGCCAGAAGAAAACACAGGCAGGUAAAGUUGCAGCGGGAAGAGUUAUCGGGACUUUACUGGGUGAAGUCGUCCACCUUUCAUUCUGCUUCUCUGAUCAACGAGUGGCAGCAUGCUCAGGAACAACUGUAUAUAUUCUCAGCUCAAAGGAGCAUGAUGUGAUCUCUGCUUUGACCAGCCAUCUUGGACCUUUAACAUCCGCAGAGUUCUGUCCCUGGAAUAAAGACAUUCUUGUUACCACAUCAGAGGACCGCACUUUUAAGGUGUGGGAUUUAAAAACCGAAGCUGUUUGCUACCAGUCUUUUGUGCUUUCCGCCUUUCCACUGCUCAGUGUGUUGUUUUUGGAGCAGAACAAGCACCUUAUCACUGGCUCAGUUGAUGGACAGCUGUGGUGCUUUUCUCUCCCUGAUGACCACAAGUGUGACCUGGUGACCAAAAUGGACCUCCAGAAGAUGGAAAAAAGACAUCAAAUGCACAAAGGGACUGUGAGCCAUCAAGCAGAGUUGGCAGAACGAUCAGCUGUAGAUAACGUAGAGCCUUCAAAACCUGUCCUCAGAAUGGCUCUUUGUUGCUCAUUCACUGGCACCAGGAGUGAUCGUGAAAAGGACAACAGCUGGUUAUGUAUUGGAAGCUCAGAUGGCCUGUAUGUGGUGGAUCUGGCUUCCUCAGAGCUCCUAACAGCACUAUAUUUAAAAGAUUACCCCGGCUUGAGUAUCGCAAUGGCUGGGUCAUGGUCAAUUUCUCCAGGGUGGGAUAACUCUAUGGUGUUUUUAGUGAGCUCCUUGCUCACUCCAUGUGUGGUCCUGUUGGAGUUACGUCUGUGUGACCUCGAGAGGGCCCGGGCAUGCGGUGAAGGUUUUUCAGUGUUCCCGAGUUCUCCGCCGCUGCUUGAAUCUCCCCUGAAUGCUCAGUUAAAGAAGAAGGAGCCCGAGCAUCCUAAAAAGAAAGGAGGAAUAAAGGAGCAGCCGCUGGUUUUCCACUCGAAAGUGAAGUCAUCUGGAUAUAGCAGUGCCCCGAGAAGAACUAUGUUUUUGCCUAAAACAAAUAUCCAGAAGAAUCCUUCCUCCAAGAAGUCCAACAAAAAUACAGGUUCACUCCUCAGAGAUUAUCCAGCAGACAGUGCAGCACCUACGAUUCCACAUAUUCAUCUCAACAUUGUCAACAAACCAGUGCACUGCCUUCAGUAUUCAGGUGACGGAAAAAAAAUCCUGUGUGGUCUUGGCGACAGCUCGGUGUUAUUGUACAAGUCCUCCCUUAAUGGCAAUCCAGCUGUCUACACAGGGCAUGACAAGCCAGUGAGCAGUGUGAGCUGGAGUCUCAACAGACAGUGGUGGCUGAGUGCGUCAGAGGACCAGUCACUACGAAUCUGGACCCAUGGCAGCCCAGAGCCUGCCAUUAUCAUGGGUGACAGUAUGUUCUCCAAACCCAUAAGAAGUGCUCAGUUUUAUUACCUGGACAAAUUUCUGCUUCUGGCAUCGGGGCCAUCUCUAUACUUGUACCUGUACAAUGUGGACGUCACACAUGAUGACAUCAAAAGAUAUCAGCAACGGAGUGUUGUCAAAUUAGCCAGAUGCUUUACGACAACACCAGCAACAGACAUCACUGCCUUGUCUGCAAUUAAUGACUUCUUCUCUCACAUUGUUCUGGCGUGUGGCUCGGAUCGGUCCAUUCAAGUAUUUGACAUGAACAAAGGUACAGUUGCCUCAGUGCUGCCUGAUGCCCACAGCAGAGCCGUCCACUGCAUUAUACAGAACAAGGGCUCCAUGUUCAGCACACAAACACCAGACUCAUACAACCUCUUCCUCACCAGUGCAGUCACGGAUGGUGUGAAGAUUUGGGAUCUUCGUACACUGAGGUGUGUACGGCGUUAUGAGAACCACAUAAAUCGCUGCCAUCCGUGCUCUUCAGCCAUCUCACCCUGCGGACGCUUCAUUGCCUCAGGCUCUGAGGAUAACUGUGCCUAUGUGUAUGAUAUCCGUAGCAGCAAGUACCUCCACAAACUUCAAAAACACUCGGACACUGUACUGAGUGUGACUUUCAACCCUGCCACACCAGAGCUGCUGACUGGGACCCUGGAUGGGAAACUGAGACUGUUUCAGUCCAGCAGUGGGGUCCGUCUGUCUCAUGACACCAGUGCUGAGUACAGCAUCCCCCACAUGAGUGCUUAAUUACAGCAGGCUGCAGCGUUGGCCAUGCAGGUUUCAUUAAAGCAGUUCCAACCCCCUGGCUAGGAUUUUACUGGGAAAGGAGAAAGUAAAGGUUUUGUUUUUAGUUGUUGGUUAAAUGAGGAUCAAAAAUAGCUACAAGUUUAAAGUUUUUGUUUCGUUGUUAAAAGUGUCCUUCUGCUUCUGUGCUUCAAACUUAAAACAGAGCCACACAUUUCAGCUCAUAUUAGUCAAACUUUCAAUAUGCACAUCAUUAGACCACUUUUCUUUUGACUGUGAUUCAAAGGGAUAUCAGGGGUUUGAUUGAAUAUCUUUCAACAUGUUCAUUUAACCACAUUAUUGUGAUGCAAUGUGUGCUCAAUUACAGAUAAUUACGACUAAAUUUUGCCAAAAACAAUUUUAUCAGCAGUUAUUCCCAUCCAUCCUUCCACACUCUGGAUGGUCAAGCAUCAGAUUUUGUUUGUUCAGUAUGUGGAACAGAUGUACUUCUAUAUCACUGGCUGUGAUCGCUACUUAACAGAUCAUCACAUGGAGCUAUGACAUCAACUGGGUGCAACCUCUUUGGCUGCCAGACACACAGAUGCUACUACUGUUCAGACUGACACACCCAUCCACAUUGUUUGAGCUGUACGUUUAGUCUUCUCUCCCACAGUUGCAACAUGUCAGCUAACAUAAACUAUAGAAUUUGUAAUAUGUAGGUCAGUUAUAAGAUAGACACUUCCGUCAUGGUUACAUGCCUGUGGAAACUAUUUAAUGUAAAAUAUUUGUCUAUUUUCUGUACAAUAUAUGGCUGUGCUGCUGUUUUGUUUUGGAAGUGAAAAGGUGUUCCUCAAGGUUCUACUUUAGGACCACUUCUGUUUUUAUUUAUGAUCUUCCAUUUUACCUGAGUGUUAUUAGUUAUUCUUAUACCAUUAUAUACUAUGAUGUAUACACUGAAACUAUUAUUUAUUCGUCACAUAUUUAGGAGACGUUGCAAUGUUACUUUAAUAUUCUGCAAACUUUGUUGUCAGCUAACAAAAUAAAUUCUUAAGUAAGUCUUACACAGUGUUCUUUUGUAUGAGACAGAACUUCACCUCAUAUCCAGGUCUCUGGUUUUAGUUUGUAACGAUGGUACCUCUCUCCAGAAAGUUGAUAAAUUAAAUAAUUAGAUAUAUGGGUUUAUGGAUUGACUCUUGGACUUACUUUUAAAACACACAUUGAUCAUAUUAUAUUUAAAAAAAAAAAAAAAAAAAAAAAGAAGUUAAUAUUGGUGUUCGUGUCCUGUAUCGUUCCAGACAGGCUUGCUUCACUAUUAGAGAUAUUGGACUGUGCUUGUUCCUUUUUUUUUUUUUUUUUUUUUUUAACCAGUCUACGUCCUCUCAAUGUUCUCAAUGUCAUCUUUAAUCAUUUCUCUGUUGUUUUGUAUUGACGUGUAUGUUCUUAUGAGAGCAUGUUUUGGUCCCUUCUUAAAAACAAGGUAAUAAAUUUCGAGGUGUUUAUCCUAAAUAUAAUACAUUUGAAUAAUUGAAUACAAUAAAUUGACACUUGUUUGUUUUGGGAUCACGUCAACAACCAGACUGUUUAUAUGCAAUAGUUACUAUUGGAGUACAUCAUGUGUGCU